GCCCGGGUUUCUCACAGACAUGAGGAGGACAACCAGAGCUAUGGGUGCAACAAACAGCUCCUACUCAACACAGAAAGCCUCUUCAGCCUCCCAGUCAAGUGGGCCUGCCUGUGCUCUGCCKCUGGACAUCCUGGAGGAAAUUUUCCUCAAUCUGCCGGCUCAUCGAGUGGUGUGUGUGUGUCGCCUGGUGUGUCAUCAGUGGAAAGAAGUCGCCGACAGAGAGUCCUUCUGGAGAGAAAGGUGUAGAAGAGAGGGCUAUCACGUCCACGAUGCCUCCAAACUCCCCAUUGGGUGGCGGUUGUUUUACUUCUUGUGCAAGAGAAGAAGAAACCUCCUCAAGAAUCCACGGGGAGAAGAUGAGUUUCGAGGUUGGACCAUCCUACAGAACGGUGGUGACAGGUGGAAAAUUGAGGAACCUAUGGAGGCACAUCCAAACGAGGCAGUUCGGAAGAACUUUGUGACCUCUUAUGGAAUGUGCAUGAAGUCACAAACAGUUGAUUUGGAGAAGGAAGGUUACAACCCAGACUUCAUGGAUUACUUCCAGCCUCCCAUCAGAAUAUCUGACUGGUAUGCUCCUCGAUGGGAUUGUGCCAGCGAGUAUAUGAUGACGGUGCAGCUGCUGGAUCACAAGAACAAGGUUCUUCAGGAAUUUACUCCUGAAACCGUUUACUUCCCACAGUGGAACGAUCAGCAGUGGCAUCAGUUGAUCCACGUGUUCAAGAACUAUGGACCAGGAGUUAGGUUCAUCAAAUUCAGUCACGGUGGUAAAGAUACACAGUUCUGGGCGGGUUGGUAUGGUAUUCGGGUAACUGACAGCUGUGUGGAAGUAUGUGCAGCUUUGGACACGGAUAAUUGAAGUGAUUUCGGAUAGAUUUAAUAUAUAUAUGUGUGUGUUAUUGUUUCUUACACCUCACAGUGAACUUCCAAAUCACUGGAAAAAUUUGCUAAUCCUGUUUAUAUUAAAAUGACUCUUAAGUGUUUUGUGGUUUCUUUUAAAUAAGUCAUGGAUGUGCAACUUUUUUGUUUUUGUUUUGUUCUUUUUCUAAUAUUUUUGAAAGGGAUUUAUUUUUGACAUUUGUAAAAACAUUUAACCAUCUUACCUGGGGGUUAUUCCAGAAAGCAGGUUUAGUGAAGACUAAGAGUUAWUUGACCCUGAGUUGAGCAGAACUUUGUGUUUUCCGUCCAGUAAAGGGUAAGUGAAAUGGUUUUUUAACCAUUGUAACAGACUCUGAAGUAAAACUGCUCAUUGGCAGGUUUACUGAAAAAGAAAAACCCUGAGAUUCCAGUGAGCCACUCCUGAAUUAUUCAUUUUGAAUCAACCCAGCUGAUAUAGAAACUGAAACAUUUCAUAGCAUCUGAUGUUUGAAGAAUCCCCCCUCUAGGUCAAAUUCAUUCAUCUCUGCAACAUUUAACACCUUAGACCUCAUCAUGCUGAGAUAUAAGUUGUAGAAAUGUUUUUGCUGAAUAUGUCCAAAAUCAGCCUGAAAAAAAUAUCAAACCUGUUGUCUCUUCCCAUCAUUUUAUUUAAUUUCUAUAAAUGAAAAUUACACAUAAAAUUGUUGCAAGCUCUUAAUUCAAUCGUCUGGUAUUUAACUUUCUGGAAGUGAAAACUCAUGACUUUCUCUGCUCAGGACAAUUUAACUGAAUUCAUUGAACUUCCUUUCUGGAAACACCGCAACUACAACUGUACCAAAGAAAUAAGAUUUGUUGUGUGUAUUUAAACAGUAUCUGUGGUGUGUUUAAGUGGACACUGCCGUCCUGCAUUCACCUGCUGUUACACACGACUCCAGUCAUGUUUGCCUUAAACAGUAAGCUCUACCAUUUCCAUGUCAAAUGAUCAAACAUUGUGUUCAGGUAAGAAACUAGGCCUAUUGAAUAUGUGUAAUUUAAUGUAUAUGUAUAAUGAUUGUAAACAUGUUUCUGUAAUGGUGGGGUUUUUUUUUUUCAGUCAACAAAUGUUGAAUUAUUUUUGCAUUUUAUGGACUCUGUUGAUUUCAUCUCAAUAAUGUGGUACAACUUUAAACAAGGGGGACUUCCAAGCACUUUSUGUUAAACUGACCUAAUAUUUUAGAUUCUUCUGAGGGAUGUUCUUGUUUUCUUGCACAUGUGUAACGGUGUAUAUCCUUCUGGUAAGUCACAGAACAUGCAGUAGUUUAAAGCUUUAAUCRUAAUACUGGUUUAUUGUUUAUUACAAGAUACAGUACAACCAUAUCAAACUGAAUAAAAAGGAAAACACUCCAA